GCAAUCUUGCCCCGUUGCUUUGCAUCUCCAUCCUUCUUCCCUCGACUUCUUCACCACCUCACCCACCUCACCCACUUCCCUUCCAACCAUCCACCACACCACCCCCUCCUCCACAACAUCUUCCAUGGACCUGCAGUAAUUCUUCUACUUCUCCUGCAGCACUUCUUCGCCUUGGAGCAAAUCGCAGCAGUCCUGCAUCCAAUCCACCCAGAAAUCAGACAGAAAUUACUACGAAGCAGUUCUCCUCUCCACCCCCCAUAAUAUCUUCGUCUCCCCUACCGCCCUCUUCCCCCUUUUAGCUUUUUGGGAAACGCGACUUGCAAUCCUCGACGACGACGAUAUUUUGCACAAUCCCAUCUGCCCUUCCAGCGAUCGAGUAGUGCUAGAUACGAGUUGCAUGUCCUCUUUUGGCAAUUAGCUAUUGUGAAUCCAAUCCCAGUAUUCUAUUACUGAACCUCCGACCAUGGACGCGAGAGUGAGUGUGGUGUUUUCUUGUUAUGGUCCCUCAACGGCCCGCUGCCAUUGACAUAUUUCAUAUUUUCUCGAGUGGGACCUCGCACAUUCCUCACUUACUCAAAACAACCACAUUUUCUCCCAAACAUCGCUUUGACAAGCUGGAAACUGACAUUUAAUCUCGCAGCCCCAACGAUUCCGUCCUCUUCGCCUUCCCGGCGACGAGAAUUCCGCUCCAUCCACCAAACAUCAAACCCUCCACCAACGCCACAAGUCCACUGGCACUCUCAACAGUAUGGCACCAGCAGGAGGUCUGAAGGCAGCUGCCAAACGAACCGCUUUUGGAGAUGUGAGCAACACGACGAAGAGCUUGAUCGUUCACGAUGAUUCUGUCAUUUACGGUAGAUCGAACAAGUCGGAUUUCGUCAAGCCCCUCUCGCACGCUGAGAAGCCGGCCGCGCUUCUUCGUCCUGCCCAAAGACCACUCAAUUCCGCCCCCAGCAAGACUCACCUCCCCGCCACGUCGGCUUCUCUUUCAACCACUGUCGCAACCAAAGUCCCCCUCGGAGAUUCCCAGUCCAUCAUGCCAGCUCCAAAGCGCACCUUGUCCAAGAAAGGCACCAAUAUCUACAAAGACAACGCACAAGACGCUCUUUUGAACGCACCAAUUGCCCCCCCUGCUGCCGUUCGCGCACCAGCUGCAGUCAACCAAGUUCUCGAGCCGCGACAACACAAGAGUCAGCCACAACUGAAGCAAGAGCAGCCAGUCCUCCGACGCACACAAAGCAAAUACUUGGACAACGCUGCAAGCUCUGUCGCCCCUCUUGUCCCUACUCAUCCAAUUUACGAAGACGCUAUCGAGGAGCAAGAAGUCAUCACUGAAGAGGCUUACGACACCUACCUCACCAUGGCUGAGUUGCAAGAAGAGAAUGUCAAGCUUCAAGAGGCCGCUCAAUCCAACGCUGACGAUGUCAAGCGUCCCAGCUCUGGUCCAAUUGAGCCUGAAGAGUACUGGGAGGAAGAUGAAGAAGAGGAGAUCUACGACGAACAAGGUUACACUACUGCACAUUCCUAUCGAUCUCGUGGAGACAACACUACUGGAGGUGCCACUACUGUUCUCUUCCCAAAGAUUACCAACAAAACCAAGAAAGAGCUUGAGGCUGCUGCAAUUCUUGUUGAGAGCACCCGAACUCAAGAGGAUAUUGAAGAUGAGGCUUGGGAUACUAGCAUGGUGGCUGCCUAUGGCGAUGAGAUUUUUGCAUACAUGAGAGAACUUGAGGUUAGUACCCCCGCUUCCACCGACUUCACUUUCAAGGCCGACGUGUUAGUCCCGCGUUGCGUCGGUCACGCAAUUCUAAUCAGGAGGCUGGGGAGGCUGGGAAUCGGCGCUUUUCCAUCUGUUUCGCCGACUUGUCGUCAUUCUCUUUGUUUAGCGAGCCGUCAACCUCGCCUAAUCAAUGACACUGCUAACAUACCAAUCUAGAUGAAGAUGCUUCCCAAUGCACACUACAUGGACAAUCAAGCAGAGAUCCAAUGGUCAAUGCGUUCCGUCUUGAUGGAUUGGUUGAUUCAGGUUCACCACCGCUUUUCUUUGCUCCCAGAAACUUUGUUCCUCACUGUCAACUACAUUGAUCGCUUCUUGUCAUGCAAGAUUGUCUCGCUUGGCAAACUUCAGCUUGUUGGUGCCACCGCCAUCUUUGUUGCCGCCAAGUACGAAGAGAUCAACUGCCCCUCUGUCAGCGAGAUUGUAUACAUGGUGGAUGGUGGAUAUACAGUCGAUGAAAUUCUCAAGGCUGAGAGAUUUAUGUUGAGUAUGCUUCAAUUUGAACUCGGCUGGCCUGGACCCAUGAGCUUCCUCCGACGCAUCAGCAAGGCGGAUGAUUACGAUUUGGAGACCCGAACAUUGGCCAAGUACUUCCUUGAGGUUACUAUCAUGGAUGAACGAUUUGUUGGAUGUCCUCCUAGCUACAUCGCAGCAGGUGCUCAUUGCUUUGCCCGUCUUUUGUUGAAGAAGGGAGAAUGGGUACGUUUCCUUCUUGUGAUUGUAUCACAAAACACUAACUUUCUAUAGACCCAUGCUCAUGUCUACUACUCUGGAUACACUUGGACUCAACUUCGACCCUUGGUAUGUAUGCUGGUUGAGUGCUGCCAACAUCCCCAAACUCAUCAUGCUGCCGUCUUUGACAAGUACUCUGAUCGUCGUUAUAAGAGAGCAUCCCUUUACGUUCGAACCGAAUUGCAAAGUGGUUUCGUCCUUCCACCAAUGCAUCUCCCAAAAUCUCGAACAUCACUCGCAUCAUCAAGUCCAUCUCUUGAAGAUGUCGCUAAACACAUGCCUUUCGAGACUCGUGAACCUUUCACCCAAUUGGUUCGAGUCAAGGCAUAGUUGAUCAAUCUGCCACGUCUCGACAUGAAAAAUACGACUUCGAUUCUCUGUAUAUUAUUGGAUCAGAUACGGUGAUAAUUCCUGAUAUGGUAUUUCCUACCGCACACAUCUGGAUCCUUUUCUACAUUCACAACCAAAAAUCCACAUUACAUUGCUGGGCCAUUCUGCCAUCGACAUUGCAUCUUUAUGGCGUACAUGGAUCCACACAUUUUUUUCACUUUUCCGCGCAACAUGGUGCACACCAUUUUCACCUGACCCAGACAAAAAACGCAACCAUCUGCUUCUAGCGUAACGAUGCCCCAUGAUAUGACGAGACCAACGAACAAAACAACCUCCAAGACGCUGCAACCAUUUCUCCGGCGGCGCGAUAAUAAGAAACAAUUGGGUUGGCGCGUGUAAUGCUUUGUUCUUUCUUUCUCUCGUCUUUUUAUUCUUCUUCCUUCUUCCUUCUGACACUGAAAUGGAUUGUAAUGGCUGUUGAAUGGUUCUUUUCGCUUCUUCUUCCUUUUUUCCUUCUUUUCCUUCAUUUCCUUUGUGUGCUUUUUCAUGUGGCUUUCUUAAGGAGGAAAUGCGAUUUGACAGACCCUAAAAAAAUGGCGUUUACGGAUGGAUGGAUGAGGGAUAUGGGGAUGGUUGUCAAGCAAGCAAUGGAUGAUGAGAGACUCUGCUGAUGUGACUUGACCUCACCUGGGAUUGCCCGGAUGUUAAUUUUUCCUUUUUCCCUCUCUACAGUAGUCUCCGUGCGUACUAUUUGAGUAUGUGGGGAUGAAUGAGGGGAUAGGUAGUACUUUGAUACCAAUGAGAAACUUUG